AUGUUUGCGCCGUCGAUGGUCACGGAGGUAGGCGAGGAAGGUAGCGCAUACUUGGCGUAUUGGAGAUGGGGCGCCUUUUGGAAGGUUGAGAAGAUGGAGAGAGCCGGUCGAGUCGGCUUUGGAUACGAAGAGCGUGGUCUGCGCCUGGCGAAGCGCGCUUGGGAGGACUGCCGCGAGCCUAUCUCGCAGAGAACUGCUGCUCGAGGGAGCGGUGCUACUCGCACCCCGUUUACUCCCUAUCGGCGAGGAAGACAGCAUCGCGGCGGAACUCGGUGUGGUAAACGAAGUCUGCGGUCGAUAAUGAUGAAGACGCGCUUGCGACGCGAAAGACCAAGGGGUGGAACCUCGAGCUGCGAGAAUGGUGGGGACCCGAGCUGCGUGCAAUUGCAACUUGCAAGCGGAUGGUCCGCCAAGCCGAGAACGAACCGCGAGGUUAACCUCGCAUUUCCGUGCACCGCGUUGUCAAUGGCUCUCAACCCCUCCCGGUCGGCCGUCUCGGCAACCUGCAAGGCACUACGGCGAUGCGGGAAUUCAGCGCAGUUGGCCGCGCAGCGGCUUAGGCAACCGGUGCGGCAACUGUCGACCUCUACAUCCCGCCGUACCGACUCUUUUGAGACGACAUCCGAGCAGCAGAACCGGCCACGGUGGUCAUACACGCCGGAGCGGAUGAAGGGUCCUGGGUUUUCUAUCAACAUUGUCAAGGAUCCUAGCCGGACGGUUUGGCACAACAACGAGGACCCGGCAAAACUCGACGCCAUGUACAACCGACUGUUGGGGUCGAAGGGGGAUAGGAUGUUGCCAGACGAGAUUAAGUGGCUUGCUAUUACACACAAGAGUUUUGAUCAGGGGAGACGAGGGUUCAAUACAAGGCUGGCCUAUUUUGCCAAUGCCCGAGACCCGCCAACUCAGGACUCGUUCGGCCGCGAGCCCUUCCAGGACCCCGCACUCGCGAACGUCGACAAGCUCAACGUAAAGCAGCCCAUGGACGUGGUUUCGAAGGAUAAGCUGGCCAAGUUGGCGAUCGAUGUCGGGUUGCCAGAGGUGACCAGGUGGAAGCCGAGGAUGCCCGAACACCUGGAGGGUUCAGGUUUGACCGCCGUACUCAACACGUCACUCUUUGCCAUUAUCGGCGCCAUUUCUUUACAACAUGGUGCCGAAGUCGCCCAGCAGGUUGUCCGGGAAAAGAUCCUGAGGAGGUUGGGGGCAUGA